GCCGCCGCGGUGCAGGCCGGGAGCCGUCGCUCUGGCCACCGGCGUAAACAGGGCGGCAUGAGCGGGCCCGGCUCGGCUGCCCCCGGCACCCCCCGGCCCGGCUGCGCCUGCUGCCAGGGGCUCGGCGGCCUCCUGGAGAGUCUCCGCCGCAGUGAAGCCAAAAGGCUGGAAUUAGAAAGAAAACUGAUGGAAUACAUAAGGUCUGAUGCAUACCUAAUGAAAGUAAAAUACAUGAAGCUGAAAAAAUACUUGAAAGAAAUAGAUGAACGACAAAAAGGAGCUCUUCUGCGAAACCGGACCUUUUUAAAGGAAUUCGACCAAUUUGAAGCUCAUAUGAAGACUUCAAGUUCAGAGAUGAUUCGGAAGAUGGAAGCAUGGUAUGGAACAGAAAUUAAAAGUGUGUUAUCCCUUCAAGAGGGUAACUUGUCAGCAGAAGGUGACAAGGAAGAAGAAUACAACAAGCAGAUGCUGUGUGUUGGAAGACGGGCAGGAAUUAGCACCAAGACAGCCAUGCCAAGAGGACUGUAUCAUCCAGCAACAGUCUUUAUGGGUUGCCACACAUCAGCUGUCUCAGCUGCUGCAGGUUUGGGCAUGUGGCAGAAGCCCUCCCAGCCCACAGAGAGCUGCUUGGUGCCCGACUGGCCUUCGUGCUCUCCAUCAUUUGAAGGACUUGGUCCAGAGAGCAGAAGCGUUGAUUUAGAGUGUGAUGCAUUAGUGGAGGGAGCAGAGACACGUGGAGACCUUGCCACCAGUGAGGAAGGCUCCGAGCAGCUCAUCUCCUCAGCAUCUGAUCCCAAACCUGAGGAGGAAUGGCUGCAGGGAAGCAUCCCAGGACCAAAGCCUCGCCUGGGUAACUGGUGGACUUUUAAGGAGGCAAACCGGGAGAGCAGCGUUGAGCUCCCCGUCCCCAUGAGCGCUGAGGAGGUGAUGCUGAGCGCUCCCAGCGUGCCACAGGGGACGGCCUUGCCAGGGGCCAGUGGGGAGCAGGGUAGUGAUGCCAGUACUGCAGAGGGCUCCCUGCUGCAAUCACCAGACCCUCCUGCAGUGCAGAAGGAGCCCUCAGUCAGCUCAGCACCAGACGGGCACGGCGGGAUGCUGGCGGGACUCUCCUGUGCGCUGCAGUUGAUAGAAGACGUGGUGGUGAGGACGAGACCCCAGCACCGGGCGCUGUACCAGGGCGAGCACGUGGGGACGAUGGGGACGGCAGAGCUGCUCAGCUUUUGUAAUCGGGCCAGCAGCCUGAAAGAAGACGACCUUGAAGAAUGCGAAGCAGUUGUCCUUCAUCAGCUUCGGGCUUUAUUACAGAGUGCGCUGAGUGGAUGCCUCGUACCUGAGAAUACACUUGAUGCUAAAGGUAGAGCGGUGGAUGAAAAGCAAACCAGGCCAGACCAGCAGAGGUAUGUGGACAUGCUGCGGACUUCCUUAAGCAACCAUGCCUUGUUCUUGAAAAAGCACCAGGUUCAGCUCACCGAAGAAGUGGUGGAGAUGUUUGGAAGCCUGCUGGUUUCUGACAAGAAGUCGCAGGACAACCAGGCUCUACCGGUGUUGAGAGAAGUCCUUCCAGAAGAGUGUGGAGAUAGGUCAUCUAUUCAGAGUAAUGAAUCAUCUUACAGCUUGCCAUUGAUACCAAACGACGGUGGGGAAAUAAAGCAGGCAAAAUACGCUACCCAGCUCGCCAGCACAGGAGAACAAGAAGUCACAAGCUGGUGUGAAGAUGAGAGCAAGGAAGAAAGCGCGGUCGAAAAGAUUCCUAUUACAGGUUGGGAUAGUGGCGAUAACAGUUCCAAAGCAAAAGCAAGCCAAGAAAUGCAUUUGGAAACUAGUUCUUCAUCGAAUGAAAGAAGUCCUCCCUUCCCAAGGACUGAAACCAGGAAGGGAAUGGUAACUGCUAUAAAAUCCAAAGCUUUCUGGGGCGAAUCUGAUGACAGCAGCUCCGAGAUAGAGGCUGCUUUGCGCCCACAAACUCACAGCACAGAAGCAGACGAAUUUGAUGACUUCUAUGAUUAAGAUUCCCCAGCUCGCUUUUGGGAAGAAAUAAACAGUAUCAUCUUGUACAUAUUGAGAGUGCCACUGCCUAAAGUGCAGCUCAUCACUUUAUAGUCAAAGAAAAUUUAAAUACAAAAUAAAUAUUACUUGGU